AUGAAAGAUAAGGAACCGUUGGAGCUGGAUACGGAAACAAAGAGGUACACAGCGGAAGGUGUGUUGCCCAGGGAGGUGUAUAAAAGGAUCCUUGGGGGACAUGACUGUGGUCUACAGGACGUGCUCUACCAUGUUUCUAUUUGUAGAUCUCCAUGUACUCACAGAAGGCACAUAAUAUGCGGUGGGACUCUGAUUCGCCCCCAAUGGGUUCUGACAGCAGCUCAUUGUAAUGAACCAGACAUCAGAGUCGUUAGUGAUACUCAUCAUGUUCAAAAUAUUGCAAACAGCCAUGACAUACAAGAACCUUUUCCACACCAUUUAUAUCAACCAAACAUUCGUUACCAUGAUAUUAUGCUGCUGAAGCUGAGAAGUCCAAUUAGCGACAAACCAACUGCUGAAUUACCUACUGCUAGACGCUGUCGGAAACUGUGUGGCAGGGCCAUUGCCACCAGGGAAUACCGCUGCAAUAAAGGGGUGUAUGUGCUCUGCAACAAUCUUUAUUGCAUCCUGCUGCCAUCUCUUCCCCAGGGGGACUCUGGAGGAGGCCUGGUUAUAAAAAAUACUGUUUAUGGAAUAGUUCGGAGUGGAUGUGAUACUGACAUAACUGGAAAUACACCUGGAAUUUACAUAAAUGUCUGUGAAUUUCGGACCUGGAUAAAGAGCCAUACUGGUUCAGUUACUGCGGCCUCCACCAUCGCGUUCUUCCCGACUAUGGUCUCCAACACGGAUAAGUGGAUAAAGUGA